AUCCUAUUUGGUUUUACUCAUUCUUUUGUUUUUUUAGGGUAAUUCAGCAAAUCCAGUAGCUUUGGUAUUUUUGUCCAUUUAGUUGCUGAUAAAUCAAUCUUUCAUUCCUCUUCUAGAAGUUGAAUUCAGCGGCGGUGGCAAAUGGGGGAAGGGAGAGAUAAAGUUGGUGAUUCUCCAGUCGAAACGGCAUCAUUGGAGAGGGUAGAGGCCUUGCUGGAGGCUGCUAGGUACGAUGACAUUGAUGAUCUUAAAAGCUUAGAAUCUGCUCGUCUUUCUCUUGAUUCUAAGGAUCUCCACGGCCGAACAGCACUGCACAUGGCUUCUGCUAAUGGGCAUCUUCAGAUUGUGGAGUAUCUAAUCAGCAGAGGAGUGGAUCUGAAUGCUACAAAUGAGGAGAUGAAUACACCUCUACACUGGGCUUGCCUGAAUGGACAUGUUGAGGUGAUUAAGAAAUUGAUCUUAGCAGGAGCAAAUCUUAGUGUAUUAAACAGCUACGAAAGGACUCCAGUUGAUGAAGCAGUGAGCAGGGGAAAGAUGGAUGUUCUGGAUGCCGUUAAUGUAGCGGCUGCCCAAGUAGAGCUUCGUGACGUCAGCGUGUCCUAGUGUGCUAUUGAGCCCCCUAAUGAAAAUGAUUUAUGAUAAUAGUGAUGGAUGUUAUCUUCUUGUAGAAUGCAAGCUUUGAUAUGAAAUAAUGAAGGUUUUGGUGAUAGCUGUAAAACUAGAGAGGGUCAAAUGCGUCUUUGGCCACUGUGUUAUUGCCUUCAUCUCUGUUUUGGUCAUUGUAGUUUUAUCGAGUACAAUUUUGAAUGAUAGAGAGUAAUGGGUGGAUUUAGAAAA